UCAUGUGACCGUGGGUCAGUGCGCUCGUGUUUGUAUUUGUGUUCUCCUCGUACGUGUCUCAUUCAUGGUGCUGUCUGCGCUCUCAUUCUAACCCGCGGCUCUUCUGUCCAUGAGGCGGCCCGUCCUGUGACACGGCCCGGCUCAUGCCCUCAGCUCGGCGGGACACUCCUGACCGAGACACCGCUGAAUAGAGCGCAUUUACCCGGGGAAAGAGGAGCGAGGACGGGGCUAGCUUCAGCUGUUAGCAUCGUUCUGCAGAGCUCAGGUGCACCGAGGGCUGUGUCUAUGAGGAGGGCGGGAGAGCUCCGAGCUGAGGAUGUACUCCCCCUCCAGGAAGGACUUCAUCGCGGUGACCCUGUCUGACCCCCACAGCCGCGCCUACAACAAUGGCAAACACCGCAGGCAGUCCUGCUGGAGGAAGUGGAAGCAGCUGUCGCGUUUGCAGAGGAGCCUCGUCUUGGGUCUCCUGGCUCUGCUCCUGGUCUUCGGGCUGUUAUCCUACCCCAGCCUUUCACACCACUGGACAGGUCCCUCUGACACAGACUGGCUGGACGUGAGCCACAGAGCUCUAGACCUUCCUCCUCCUCCUCCGCCAGGGGUCAGACCUGUCCCAGGCCCCCAGGAGCCCCGACCCCCUCUGGAGCCCCACCCACCACCUGAGCCCCACCAACCCCUGGAGCCCCACCCACCCCCAGACCCACCCCCAGAGCCACAUCCAGGGCCCGUCCAGGGUCUAGGGGCCAUUCCACCUCCUCAAGUGCCCGGGAUAGCCUUCCUCUCCCAACUGCCUUUGAAGAAAAAUAUUCCAAAAAAAGGCCCCCUGAGUGUGCAAAAAGAGCUCAACUCUUCAGUCACCACAGGAGCAGAGAUGAGGAACGAGGAAGAGGAGGACGACAACAAGGACAAGAAGAUGGUCAGCUGGAGAGGGGCUAUGAUUGAAGCCGACCAGGGCACCGACCCCCUCCCGUCAGCCAAUCAGAGAGAAGCCCCGCCCCCUCCAGACGUCUCCACGGACACCAGGGCCCUGCCAGUCCUCUCGAGUGCGGAGCGUCAGGAGGCGGUGCGGGAGGCCUUCAGACACGCCUGGAAGGGCUACAGGGAGCAUGCCUGGGGCCACGACGAGCUCAAGCCCGUGUCCAAGUCCCACGCGGAGUGGUUCGGGCUGGGCCUGACCCUGGUGGACGCGCUGGACACCAUGUGGAUCCUGGGACUCACUGAGGAGUUUGCCGAGGCCAGGGAGUGGGUGGAGAAGGAGCUGACCUUUGAGAAGAAUGUGGACGUGAACCUGUUUGAGACCACCAUCAGGAUCCUGGGAAGUCUGCUGAGCACCUACCACCUCACCAAGGACCCCCUCUUCCUGAACAAAGCUAAGGACCUGGGCUCUCGGCUCAUGCCCGCCUUCAGAACCCCAUCUAAGAUCCCAUUCUCAGACGUGAACCUGGGAAAGGGCACGGCACACCCUCCUCGCUGGACCGCAGACAGCACCCUGGCAGAGGUCACCAGUGUGCAGCUGGAGUUCAGAGAGCUGAGCCGCCUUACCCAGGACCCCCAGUACCAGGACGUGGUGAACGAGGUGAUGAGGCUGGUGCACAAACUCCCGGGGAAGCACGACGGCCUGGUGCCCAUGUUCAUCAACACCAACACUGGACAGUUCUCCCACAAAGGGGCCUUCACUCUGGGGGCCCGCGCUGACAGCUACUACGAGUACCUCCUCAAGCAGUGGAUUCAGGGGGGCAAGGUGGAGGAUGACCUGUUGGAGGAUUAUCUCCAGGCCAUAGAGGGCGUGAGGAAGCACCUGGUUCGACAGACUGGCCCCAGCCGCCUGACGUUUGUGGGAGAGCUCAGCCACAACCGCUUCAACGCAAAGAUGGACCACCUGGUGUGCUUCUUACCUGGGACCCUGGCUCUGGGGGCCCAUCACGGCCUCCCAGGGUCCCACAUGGAUCUGGCCCUGGAGCUGAUGGAGACGUGUCAUCAGAUGUACGCUCAGAUGGAGACUGGUCUGAGUCCUGAGAUCGCUCACUUCAGCCUGCAGACCAGCUCUGGCCCUGACGUGCUGGUCAAGCCUGCAGACAGACACAACCUCCUGCGUCCGGAGACUGUGGAGAGCCUCUUCUACCUGUUCAGAUUCACCAAGGAGACCAAGUACAGAGACUGGGGCUGGGACAUCCUGCAGAACUUCAACAAGUACACACGGGUUCCCAGCGGAGGCUACACGUCCAUCAACAACGUGCGCGACCCCGUCAACCCGGCUCCCAGGGACAAGAUGGAGAGCUUCUUUUUGGGAGAAACACUCAAGUACCUGUUCCUUCUCUUCUCCGAUGACAUGGACCUGCUCAAUCUGGACAAGGUGGUCUUCAACACGGAGGCCCACCCCCUGCCCGUCUGGAACCCUCCCCCCAAAUAACACAGACGCCCUCCCACACUUCUAACUCUGCCCCUGCAGCCAAGUGUUUGCAUCAGAAAAGCCUGGGUGCAAUCAAGGGAAUUCUGUGUGAUGUCACGUAGCACUUGGAAUUGCAGUGGCCACAGGAGGCAGCACAGACUUUUGGGGCAGGUUUUUGACUCUUUUUGAACACAAAGCUGCAAAUUAACUUUUAAGUUUGCACUAAAGUUUGCCAAAAAAGAAGUGGGAACAGUAGAUAAGAUUAUUCAAAGACCACAUACAGAGUUUAGUAGCAAAAGAAACAUGAUUUACAGUAGAAGUAUUUAUCUGAGAGGAGAUGGAGGAGUCUUUGAAAGCUAAGGACGAACUUUGGGUGUUUUGUUCACUACAAUUCAGAAUCUUAAUCUUGAUUUGACAAGUUUUGACUGGUUUAAAAUGAUAGAGUAGGUCUAUGUUUUUGGAAUUUCUCACUGGUUUUAAUAAUAUUGAUCAAAUUUCAAGGUGCUGUACCUGAUUUAAACAGAGAAAGAGUAAGAUUUGUUUCAUACUAUGUUCAAAUCACAGUUAAUAACAUGCAGUGAAAUACCAACGGGAUCCUCUUUCUGCCUUUAGCUGGAACGUUUUUUUUAUUUUAAAUGUGAAAACCAGAACUAGUUCAUUUGAAACCGUUUGCAGUGGUCCAAAGUUAUUCUUCACUUACCUUAUGCAUUCUGAGCAUCCUCAUUAUUCACCGGGAUGAGUGCAGUAAAUACAUGGAAAAAUUGGGUUCUGUCUAGGGAUGGGCAUGAUUAGUCGAUUAAUCGAUAAUUGAUCAUUAAGAAUUUUGUCGAUUCCGUUCAUUUUUAAUCGACAAACCGAAUGGAGGUUGCUGUGUAGGGUGUGUAGGGUGACCAAACGUCCAUUUUUCCCCAGACAUGUCUGUUUUUUGUGUCUUGUCCUGGCCGUCUGGGUUUAUUUUUUAUAAAGUGAUGCAAAUGUUCAGGUUUUCAUUACCUUUCGCUGGGCCAUUAAACUGAUGUCUCUUGUAGUUCUCUCUGCGCUCAGAAGGAGCGAGACACAAACAGUCGGUCAGCCUGCAACGUGCCGAAGAACAAAUGCGCAUUUAACGAUGACUUGUACCAGAAAUUACCCGCUCUCCAUCCCGGUCAAGACAAGUGUGAGUCAUGUGCACAGUGUACAAAGCAGCACAUAUGUUUCGUGUCCAGUGGCGGUGUCAAGAGACCUCAAAGUACCAGGACACCGAAAAACAUGAAAAAGUUUUGCCAGGUGAGAGUCGCUCAAUGUCGAUGACGAGGCCCCACCUCCCUCCCCCCGUACGGAGUCCUGGUUUUGACAAACGCAAAUCUGGUCACACUAACCUGUAUUCCACUGAGUCAUGUCCUUUAAUCCAACAGAAUUUGAAUCACAUCAGCGACACAAGAGCUGUUUUUUUUCUUCGCUUAGUUUAUGCAAAUGAGCCAUGAAGUUUUAAGUUUUGUUUCUGUGAGACUUGCACACAGCUGAAUUAAACACAUUCUAAUGUCUAACGGGCUGAUGUGGCUCUAGAGUGGUUAUGGUUUAUAUGUCGUAAAGUUGAAUUUAUUUAUGUAGAUUAGUGGUGCAGAUAGUCAUAAUAAUGAUGAUCAUUUUAAUAUAAAAACAUUAAUGAUUAAUCGAUUAUCGAUCGUUAAUUCUCCAGAUGAAGAAAAUUUUAUCGAAUGCCCAUCCCUAAUCCAAAGUUAUUCUUCACUUACCUUAUGCAUUCUGAGCAUCCUCAUUAUUCACCAGGACGAGUAUUGGAGCAAGACAAAUAUUGCUGAAAUACAUGGAAAAAUUGGGUUCUGUCUGCUUAUAAACUCAUCACUCUGAAUAAUUAAGAUGCUCAGAAUACAUAAGGUAAGUGACAAAUAACUCUGGACCUCUAAAUGAACUAGUUCAGCUUUUUUUUUUGGUUGUUUUUUUUACAUUUUUAAGACCGUAUAAAUCAGCUACAGCACCUAAAAUAAAUACAAAUACUAAAAUGAGGGUGAAAUUCUGAAUGAAAGUCUGCACAAAGAGAAGUUAACCCGCUCAUCUGCACUAGCACUACUGACCCCCGUGAGGCAGCGCACUCCGGGAUCUGUCCAUCACGGGAUUUGGUUCUCCAAUCCCUCAGUUCUUCGUGAAGAAUGUUCUAGAGCUGGUCUCUGGACUAAAGGACUCUGACUGUUUCAGCGCUGAAAGCAAAUGAAGAAAAUAUAUGAGUCAUCCAUAUUUAUUAUUAUUUUAUUAUUAUUUGUUGGUGCAGGGUUUGAGAUUUUGUGUACUUUACUGUCACUGGUCUGCUGAUGUUAAAAAGCAUCCAAGUGCUUUGUCUUUAUUACUUUAUUUAAAGGAGACAUGUAGUGCAAAAUGAGCUUUUCAGAGCUUUGAACCAUGUUAUAGUUCUUUCCCCUUCUCACUGAUCCUCUGAAGUUGUAUUUGGAGUAAUUCCUGCAUGUUUGAGUCGUCCUUAUUCUCCUGGGUUCAAGACGUCACUCCAGUCUACGCUGUUUUCACCUCCACCAGUACACACCAAAGUGAUGUACGGACUUCCUUCUCUACUUAUAUUUUCUUAAUCUAUGACACAUGUAGGAUUAGGCAGAAUCACUUAGGCCACUUUCAGACUUAAUGCUCAAUUCAGAUUUUUGUGAAAUCCGAUUUUUUUGCGAGGUCAUUCACAUUUCCAAUUAAAUGUGACUUGUAUGUGAUCUCCAGUGUGAACUUUAAACGCCUCAAAAGACACAACAUUGUCACACACAGCGAGCGUGCUCAGGGUUUACAGAAGUAUCCUAAACUCUGGGAUUGUCUCCCAAAAUAUGGUUGUUGGUAAAAUGGACAGGUUACACUUCCACAGCCGCUUCGUUUGUUUGACUCUUUAGCCUCCUUGUAUUUGGCUCACAGACAUUUUAUUUUUUGUUGGCAUUGGAGUCAGGACUGCCUGUAGCUGCGCUCAGACAUUUCUUUGGUAAUCCCUAACCCUAACCCAAAAAACGCCCGGUUCCGAUAAGACCCCUCUAAUUUGGCCUGAAUACAGCGAUUCCCCCAAAUAUUAAUAAACUCACUAACCUCGCUUUUCCUUCAUUGACGAGACUCUGAGCCUGACGUGUAGGUGGGAUGAAUGUGACCUGACCAUUCAGACUGAAGUCACAUGAUAAAAGAUUUGUUUAGGAGCACAUGUCCGAGUGGCCUCGGUCGCAUUUGAAGAAAAUCGGAUCUGUGUCAUUCAGACUGCAGCCUGAAGUGACCCAAAUCCAAUUUUUGGCCUCUAUGUUCCUGUAUCUGAUCUUUUAAUGUCAGUCUGAACGACACAGAUCCGAUUUUUUCAAAUGUGACCCAGGACACUUGGAUAUGUGCUCCUGAAAUUGAUACAUAUCUGAUCUUUUGACAUGUGACUUCAGUCUGAACGGCCAAAGUGCAUUCAUCCACCUACACGUCAAUCAACAAGCCACAAAUGUCACUAUUCUGCACUGAAGUAGGUGAAAAUUGUUAAUGAACUCCAUGUCACUGAAGUGAAGCACAUCUCCACUCACCACUCUUGGCUCCGUCUCCACAUCCACACGUUCCUUUCAACAGACGUCGCUGCCGCUGCCCCACAAAACACCACGACCAAAAACCUCGUCCUUCUCCUUCUCAAUCUCCUCCUUAAAACAAGUAAGUUGUUCAUGUUCUGGCUCCGGUACGAGAGGAACUUUAAAAUCUCCAGAUGCUCAAUGCUGCGUCCAUGUUUAAACACAGAGACGCUCGCUGUGGUUGACGUCGUCGUGUCUCCAGUGCACAUGCGGGACACUUUUGGGUCGUUUAAUGUUCACACUGGAGAUCACAUACAAGUCACAUUUAAUUGGAAAUGUGAACGACCUUUCAAAAACAUCGGAUUUCACAAAAAAUCCAAAUUGAGUGUUAAGCCCUGCAGUCUGAAUGUAGCCUUAGUCAUUUUGACACAAAUGAAAAACAAAAAUCCAGUGCAGAUGUCAGCGGACUUGUUUCAUUUUAGAUCCAUUGUGAUUUAAAUUGUCCAAAUUCUAACAUGAUCCACGGAUGUCAUAGAUUAUAAUUAUAGCGCAGACACAAACACUAUACAUCUGCUUUAAUUCUGCUAUUCACAUGCUACUUGAGUCUAAAACCUGGGUCUAUGUAGAAAAUCAGCACUCAUACCUCAUACCCAAGGUCUCUGGUUGGAAUUCUCAAAGCUUCAAACUAUUUCUUGAUACAGAUUAAUUCUCCAAAUCAAUACUGGGAGAACUUGAGUCCCAGUGUGAGGUAUUGAUGUGUGGCUCGCUCCUCCUUCAUCCAGGGUUUUGAAGAAUCUGCUCUUAUUGUGAAAGCAGGACUCACUCUCCUAAGCCUCUGGUGGACGUCCAUAGUCAAUACGGGAGGAACUACUUUCUUGUCUGUGAAAAAAAAUCGAAACUGAACUUCCAAUGAGCUUCCACCAGUGACUGCUCUCCUUGUCAUAAAGAUUCAUGAUUUUGUUUUAUUGUCCCGUUCCUUCUGUGCAAAUCGACACUUGUUUAAAUGUUACUGAUUUGUGAAAAACACUGUGCUUUUUCUGUUAAAUGUGCCAUAUUUCUUCUUUUUUUUUCUUGUAGCUAAAUCAGAAAUAGUUAUUCUUUCGUUAUGUCUUCAUCUAAUCACUAAUGUUGAAAUUGAAACUAGGGCUGCAAAGUUCAAAUGGAAUAUUCAAUAACCAUGUUGAAUAUUGCAAUCCUUUUGACAGUAUUACAACAUUUUGAGUUCAAUUUGAAAUAAAAUAAUUCUUUAAUUUAAUAGUCCAACCAUGUAAAAAAAAAAAAAACAACUAAUCAGCACCAAAAAAAAUGCCUUGCAAGUCUAGACUUAAAAUCUCUGUGUAUUUUUUCGACAGUGGGAUAUCGGUCUGGUCACCGCUUCCUCCAUCACGUCUCGAGCCAGAACCAAACACAGCCAUCCAAUCAGAUUUGCUUAUUUCAGUGACGCAUGUGAAACAAAGGAGCUCAUUGGCCACACAAAAUCACAUUUCUCUCACCUCACAUGAACAGAGUUUAGUGCUUUGCUCACUGAUUCUGCAAAAAUCAUAUGUUGAAAAUUAUGUUUUUUUUUCUCAUGAGCAGCUGUAUUUGUUUUGACUGACAGACCAUGAAUGUCGGGGACAUUUACCGGUGACCAGACUCAAAUCUGUAGAAACUAUUGGAGAAGUGUAGCCAGAUUGGCGCCACCUAGUGCCUCGGCUCAACUUCAUUUCUCUCCAGCGACUAGGUCAGGAAUCAGAAUACACCAGACCAGGAGAAUCAAACUCAAAUACACAGAGACCAAAAUUAAAAACUGGGACUAAGUCCUGGCCCAAACUAAAUAUUUAUUGAAAAAUUUCAACAGCAUCUGUAAUGUUAAACCUUUUGUUAUUAAAAUAAAUGUUUAAUAAUAGUUUUGCUUAAACACUGAAUCCAGAACAAGCAGAAUAUAAAAUAAUAACAAAAGUUUAAAUAAUGUCUCUAUAGUCUAUCUGUAUCUGUAGCCGGUGGGCAGCUCUAAUACACAUUUGAUUUGAUCUCUCAGGUCAAGUAUAAAUAUUUCAUGGGCCAAAUUUGGUCCCCAGGCCUGAGUUUGACAUGUCUGCACUAGACGAUUUACAAGAACACCAGAAGAUGUAGACCGUGCACUGGCCAGUCGGCUGUGAGCUGUGAAGCCAUGAUGUUAAAGUUGUCACGUCUGUCUGGGUCCCUUUUGUGGUUCAGCACAAUGGUAAACAAAGCGUCGUGAUGGAUGUAGAUGAUACAAACUUCUCAUUUUUUAUUGCACCUUUAAUUCGCAAGUUCACCUCACAGAAACAGCAGACAGACAUGUUCACUCUCUGCUGUGUUUACUAUUGUGCUGGUGAUUACUUGGACACCGCUGAGUGUUCCGGCGCAUUACAUACGUCAUUACCAAAUAGCAGUGAUUGGUUAAAUUAAAAAAGUCCCCGCCUACCAUCGUGCAAACGAAUCCUAAUGCGAGGUCAGGCAUGAAGUGAAACCGGCUGAUGAAUCAGACUAGGUUCUAGGUGUGUGUUCUGGAUCCAAGGCACCCAAACAGACAAAUCAAACAGACCUAUCAGGACUAAGAAACAGAGCUGUGUUAAAUUCACAAUAUGUCACAAUACAUCAGGACGAAGUCAAAAUCUGUCACAUACAAGAGGUGCUACAGUAUAUCUGGUUCUGUGUGAUAUGGAUGGAGCAUUAACAGAUUCAUGUACAGGUCUUUGUUCUAUUGUGCAACCCUGUGUCCCUGUGUUUUCUUUUGUUUUCUUUUGGUGGCCUCAGCAGACUAAACAUGCAGCUGUAUGGAACAUGAGACACACUGGACAAUUUUAUCAUCACUAACACUGAGAUGAUCAUAUGAAGAAGAGAUGAUGAAGAUGAUAUGAGAUGAUAUGAGAUGUGUCUUACUUGAACAGAGAGUGUCCAUGAGUUAAUGAGGUGAGCGUGUGGAGGUUUGAGAAUAAACGGCUCUUCUGAGGAGUCACACUUUUAAA